AUGACAUCGCCGAGUGGUCUACCAGUGCAAGCGAGUAGUUCUGGUAGAAUCGAAUUGUACCGACAUUUAGAGAAAGUGUCAAUUCCAACGUUCAAGGGCGACAAGCGGCAAUAUGAGACGUGGAAGGCGGCGUUUGAGAUGUGCAUUGGCUGCGCUAACAUUCCGGAUGGGCUGAAGUUAUUGCAGCUCCGAAAAUACCUCGCGGGCGAUGCACUACGGUCUAUCGGCACUCUUGGCUACUCGGCCGAGGCGUAUGAGGCAGCACGACGUAGGCUGGAACGCAAGUUCGGUGGUCAGCGACGUCUAGUUGCAGUGCAUCUAGAAGCCCUUGAGAAGUUCCCAGCGAUGAGAUCUGCAAACGCCCAGGAGUUGGAGCGUUUUGCGGAGCUACUCGAUGUCGCUGUGGUGAAUUUGAAGGCGAGUGGUCAGACACAGGAGUUGGCUAACGGGACAUUUUAUGUCCGGCUAACACAGAAGCUGGGGGUGUCUCUUCUGCUGAGCUACCAGAAGUGGAUACACCAGACAAGCACCUCUGAAUCUGUCGAAGCGCUUCUGCAAUGGGUGGAGCUGGAAAGCGAGUUCCAAGUACGAGCCCAGGAGACGAUCCAAGGUAUCUCCACGGCAACUCCAGUAGGGUCCACUCAAACAGCAAAGAGUCACCCGCUGAAGGGUCCGGCCAGUCAUGGUGGAGUGAAGCAUCAGGCAUUCUUCGCUGACAAGCCCAAGAAGGCCCAGAGCAGCAGCAGUUGCCCGAUCUGCACGAAGAUCCAUCCCGUUUGGAAAUGCCUAGAGUAUCGGAAGCUGUCAAUUGCAGAGCGUUGGCAGAAGGCCCGGACGCUCAAGCUUUGCUACCGUUGCCUAAACUCUGGUCAUUUGGGAAAUAACUGUCCCAGGUCGCAGCCCUGUGGUGCAGACGGUUGUACAGAGACCCACAACGCGUUGCUGCACGGAAAGUCUAGUACUACUACAGACUCGAAUGGAGCCUCACAGAAGCCAGUGCUCCAGGCUAGCGCCUCCACGGAGGGGGGUGACACCAGUUCCAUGGCCACUCAUAUGAGUAGUGUCGGCGUUAGAGCUGUCGCACUGCGAACCGUUCCCGUCAUACUUCGCCACGGCGACAAGAAUGUCACGGUCAACGCGCUGCUGGACGACGGCAGCACGCAGUCUUACCUUAAUUGCGACGUUGCGGCACAGCUAGAGCUUAGCGCUCCCACACAAGAAGUGUCAGUGAGCACGCUGAACGGCCGCAUCGAGACCCUAGAGACUAUGCCAGUCGACUGCCACAUCGAGAGUCUGGAUGGCAGAUUUAUCACACAGUUCUCUGCUCUGACUGCCAAGAAUGUCACCGGUGACCUUACACCUCAUAAUUGGUCGGUAGAUCAGACACGGUAUCCGCACCUCAACGGCAUCGAGUUUCCGCAAUGCCAGAAGAAGCGAGUAGAGGCGCUGAUCGGCCUUGACCACGCUAGUCUCCACAGGUGCAUGGAGGAAGUCUAUGGUGAGGCUCAUGAGCCAUUCGCACCCAGAACGCCACUCGGGUGGACAUGCGUUGGCAGGAGCACCAGACCGCAACAGACGACAAAUUUCACCCGCACGUACUUCGGAAAGGACGUCGACCUGAAUGCACUGGUGAGAAGGAUGUGGGAGGUGGAGGAACUUCCCCAGUCGUACGAAUUCUGUGCAGAUGAUCAAGCCGUUUUUGAUCAGACGGUCCAGUCGAUGACCUACAAGAACGGAAGAUACCAGGUUUCGGAGCCGUGGAUCAAGAGACCACCUCCGGACAACUACAGUCGAGAAACUGCAAUGAAGCGGCUCAUCGCAGCAGAGAGACGCCUGGCGAAGGAGCCAGACGUCGCUAAGGAAUACCGAACCGUGAUUCGCCGUCACUUAGAACAAGGGUAUAUCAGCAAGAUCAGCAACGCAAGUGAUGGCGACGGCUGGUAUCUGCCGCACUUUGCUGUUGUACGACCUGGGGCUACAUCCACAAAGGUGCGUGUGGUCUUUGAUGCAGCAGCAAAGACGAAAGGCAAGUGUCUGAAUGACUACAUCAGCACUGGGCCCAAACUACAACGGGACCUCACCGACGUUCUCCUGCGGUUUCGGCGACACCCAAACGCACUGGUAGCCGAUGUGGCAGAGAUGUAUCUACAAAUCGAGUUGGAAGAGGAUGACCGGCAGUUCCAUCGAUUUCUUUGGCGAGAAGAUACGGAGGACCAACCGGCCGUUUACCAGUACAAUAGAGUGGUGUUCGGGAUCAAUGCAUCUCCAUUCUUAGCUCAACUGGUCUCGCAAGAGCAUGCGCGGCGGAACCAGGAGGAGUUUCCUAUGGCAGCAGAAACCGUGUUGAAGUCCACGUACAUGGACGAUUCAAUGGACUCGACAAAGUCAACAGAGCUAGCGAUUCAGCUGUACCACGAGCUUACGGCGCUGUGGGGUCUCGCUGGAAUGCAUGUGCGAAAAUGGAUUUCCAACAAUGUUGAGGUGCUCGCCGAAGUCCCCGAGGAGGACCGAGCCAAGGAAGUGGACCUCGCUAAUGGAAUCCUGCCGACGACCAAGACUAUCGGAGUUAAGUGGCGAGCAGAGGAAGACGAGUUCCUGAUUCAUGUCAAGCCGCCAUCAGACAUUGUCACCAAGAGAGCGUUCUUGAAGAACCUAGCCACAUUGUUCGAUCCGAUCGGAUUCGUACUGCCAUUCACCAUAGUUGGUCGGAUGUUGUUCCAGAAGAUGUGGCUAGCAGGUGCUGACUGGACGACUCUCUGCCGCCAGAGCUAG